AGCUAAUUAUGAUUAAAGUGGGAUCAGGUACCCUAAUCAAAAUUCUCAAGCAUUCCCCCUCCUCCCUUAACUAGUUAGCCCUCUACUAGAUGUGUUGGUAAGGUUUCGUCAAGUUUGUUCUUCACAAAUAACGACAUCUUCCUUUCUGUACAGUGUUUUUCCCCGCACUUGAUCAUAAAAAAUAAUUUUAGAGAAAAAAAAAAAAAGACAGUUGGAGGUAGUGAUUUAAGGUUUGUUACUUGUUGGAAAAGUGUGCAUAUGCAGUUUGGUAGAAAUUCCUAAUUUCAGAUUUGAAUAGUACUGUUAAUUUAAAGCCAAAUCCGAUGGGAUUCUACCAACGGCGGCACCGCUUGCUGCUGGAUCCUACACCGGGUGGUGCACCGCCGAUUAACGGCGGCGGAAGCCGCAGCGGCUACACCAGAGGGGCGACGAAUUUCGACACUAACAUGGUAAUCAUACUGGCAGCGUUACUGUGUGCUUUGAUUUGCGCGCUAGGGAUAAAUUCAAUCAUCAGGUGUAUGCUCCGGUGCGCCACCAGGAUGGGCUCCGCCGCCGGGAGCGAGGCGCAGUCGGUGUUUGGGAGGAGGGGACUCAAGAAGGCGGUGCUCCGCCGCAUUCCGGUGGCGGUGUAUGCCUCCGGGGAAGGGGGUUUCUACACGGAUUGCCCUAUUUGCCUUGGCGAUUUUUUGGACGGUGAGAAAAUUAGGGUUCUGCCGAAAUGCAAUCACUGUUUUCACGUUAACUGUGUUGAUGUUUGGCUGGCUUCACAUUCGUCGUGCCCCACGUGCCGCCGGUCGUUGGCGGCGGAGCGGGCGGAAUCCGGUGGUGGUGAGACGGUGGCGGGGAGGGGUUUGGGGAUUGCGUCAUUAGGUGGGCAUGGUGACGCCACUGCUGUUACUAGCUCUGCUGAUGAGGUGGGCUAAUUAAUUUUUUUUUAAUUUUUUUUUUCUGUAAUGUGGAAAAGAAAUUAAGAAAAAAUGGAAUGUAAUUAUUAUUCUUAAUUAGGUACUUAAUUUUAAGGACAAAAUGCACGUCACCCCUAUAAUUUUUU